AUGGCUUCGCCCACCAACGAUACGUCUAUGAACAUAGACGUUGACCUUGACGUUGACCUCCUGAUUGGCGAUGUUGUGGAGGCUUCCAAACUGCCUGCAAAACGGCGGGCGACCAGCAUCAAGCCUACUGUUGAGAAGGUCGCAUCAUACGCAUUUGAAAAUGGCCUUCUUCCCGACUCCUUGAGCGAACUCAUUGACCUACUCACGAGGCCAAACCUGUUGGAUCAGGCAAGCUUGAAUACAAUACUCAAGAAUCUUUACCCCGCUACUCGGCUAUCCAGUGAUGUCGUCCUGAGGGUUGUGGGAUGCCUCGGCCAUGGGGAACUGAAGCCUUCCCUGGUUCUGCAGUCGAACAUUCUGAAAUGGCUAAUCAUGGCAUACCAUGUCAUCGAAAAACCUGCCAUCUUGUCGCAAGCCUACGCUGUUUUGUUCAAUUUGCUAGAUACGGCAGCCAUUCGACCGCAACUUUGCCAUCUACUCGCCUUGAUCACACGCAGAAAACACGUCCGGCCUUUUAGGAUCCAAGCUGUCCUCAACCUCUCCAGACAAACAGGGAAUGACCCAGCAUUGACAGGGCUCCUCCGGGUCUUCAAAGACUACUAUCCUGAAAUCAUCGUCAGCGAUGCCUUGAGGGGCAGGGCCUCGGCAUUCAAGCACCCCGACGUGGAAUGGCGCGAAAGGUUGAACCAGAUCCAACAUGACCAUUCUCAACGGACUGCCGAAGCAGCCAGUCAGCCUCAGAACGGCUUCAGCGUCAACCAUCAGGCUUUACGGGCCCGCGGCAAUAAGUCAUCCAAUCUCCCUCCUGUCUAUACUUCAGAAGCCACAGAGACCUCCGUCACUCUAGAAGAGAUUGAUAGCGCCGAUCGUCUUGCUCAGACAGUCGAGAAGAUUGAGCUACCCAACCAGCUUGCGGCUGUACUAGCGGAUCCCCUCUUGCAAAAAUUCGUUGCCCUGAAAAAGGAUGAUGCUGCUUCAAAGCGCGUGGUUCAUUGGAUCGAUGCCGUGCUCGAAGACGUGCUCAACGGUCAUGCCGAUGACAAGUCGUUUGCGGAGACGAUGGAAAUGCUGGAGGAAUACGUCGCUCGCGUUAAAGAAACUCCACUGGUCGUCUUGCAAUUUUUGACGAAAUUAUUCACGACAUGGAACGGCGUUGAUGCUCGGGAUUCCAUCCUAGGCAUCCUCCAGUACGCGCCUCUCGUGGUGUUUGAUGGCAAGCGUUUCAACCUCGUUUUCUUCAUCAACUUUGCUGACUGUGUAACAGAGCUGUACAAUGUAAUUCUGAAGCCACUAGAGAAGUGCCUCCCUCCAACGGCCGAGUCGCAGCUAGCACUGCUCAAACUUUACCAAAACCUCCUCCGCCGCUGGACCUUUGUUCUCAACUCGCUUGACCAAGUACCCAAAGAUGCCCCCGUCAAUGCCUUUUUCGCAGUCAUGGAGCACGCAAGCAUCAUCGCCCUCAACGUUGUCCAAGCUUCCCCCAGCGCGGCUGUCCACGGCGGUGUCCUCGACCUGUAUGAACAGGCUGCCGCCAGCAUCUCUGACCCUACACUUCAACCUCUCCUCCGCAUUGCCAAUCCGCCCGCGCAGCUCAUCUACCUCCUCUUCUUCGGCCACUCCCUAGCAAACGUGUCGCGCCUGUGCACCGUCCUCGCCAUAUACAAGAAGGGCUUCGAGAUGGCCAUGUCCAGGCGACAGCCGACAACGUAUGCUCCGAGCUACGUGAACCAUUUCAACGGGUACCUCAUGGACAUUUGCAACUGCCUCUGGCGCGGCAAGGCUUUCAACGAUGGCGAUAAGAACGCUCUCGGCUGCCUUAGCGCGGGCCCCGUCACACAGCGGCUGCGCAGAUAUGUCGAAGACCUGGGUAUGGACCUUGCGCUCCCGACGCUGUUUGGGUUCUCCUACUCGCCGCUUUUGAGCUUGCAGGCCAUUGAGUGUAUCCGCGAGCUGGAGGAUCGUGAGCUAGCUGCGAACGAGGACGCCAUCUCUACACGGCACGCGGGGCCGGUGACGUCAAACAGUUUAGCAAGGUUGGCAGACGCAAGGGGGUUGCGCAUCACUUGGUCCGAGUAUAGGAUCAUUGUUCUGCGGGCAUUGGAGAGCAAGGGGUUGGGCGGUAUCCCGUCGUUGAUGAAGAAUACCAUGAAGGUCCUCAUGAGCUCCAAGAGUACCACAUAG